GGACAGUGCACUAGCAAGGUUUCUUCGGUCUGACCCAGAGGCUCCGGUUGCCCGCGAUGCCGAGGCCAGACCCGAACGCCUCGCCUCUCUGAGUCGGUCUCAGCGCGGAAGGCACAGGGGGAGGCCAUGGCGGAGGCCUCGGAGCCCGGGAGGCCAGAGUCCCCCGGCAGCGGGAGCCUGGAGGAGGACGAGGAGGAUGAGGAGCGGGAGCCGCUGCUGCCGCGGAUCGCCUGGGCCCAGCGACGGAAGGUCGCUCCGGGGGGCGCCGUGAGGCUGGAGACGGCUGCCGGGGAGGAAGGUGCGGCCUCCCCUAGCCAGGCCAGCGACCGGGAACUGCUGCUUCUGCCCCUGGACGCGUCUUUCUCCUCCUCCCCGGGCUUGGGGCGCCAGCGGAGCUCGCCCACCAAUCUGGACCGGAACCGCCCCGUGGGUUCAGAGUUGAACACAUUUUUGGAUGAUCCAGAAUUUGCUGAUAUUAUAUUGAAAGCGGAGCAAGCAAUAGAAUUUGAAGUUUAUCCAGAAAGAAUCUCUCAAGGUUCAAGUGGAAGUUACUUUGUGAAGGAUCCUAAGAGGAAAAUUAUUGGUGUGUUUAAACCCAAAUCAGAAGAGCCUUAUGGUCACCUGAAUCCGAAAUGGACCAAAUACGUUCACAAGGUCUGCUGCCCUUGCUGCUUUGGCAGGGGCUGCCUGCUUCCUAACCAGGGAUACCUUUCCGAAGCUGGUGCCUACCUUGUGGACGAAAAGCUUCAUCUGGGCAUUGUACCAAAAACAAGAGUGGUUUGGCUUGUCAGUGAGACGUUUAACUACAGUGCAAUUGACCGUGCAAAAUCUAGAGGCAAAAAGUAUGCUUUGGAGAAAGUGCCAAAAGUAGGUAGAAAAUUUCAUCGGAUAGGACUUCCUCCUAAGAUUGGUUCCUUUCAGUUAUUUGUUGAAGGUUACAAGGAGGCUGAAUGUUGGCUUAGGAAAUUUGAAGCUGACCCUUUGCCUGAGAAUAUUAGAAAACAGUUUCAGUCACAGUUUGAAAGAUUAGUUGUUCUGGAUUACAUCAUCAGAAAUACAGACAGGGGAAAUGAUAACUGGUUAAUCAGAUGUGAAAAGCAGACACAUGAAGAUGAAGUUACGGAUACAAAAUGGACUGAUGAUAAAGAAACACUUAUUAAAAUAGCUGCAAUUGAUAACGGUCUAGCGUUUCCUUUUAAACAUCCUGAUGAGUGGAGAGCAUAUCCAUUUCACUGGGCUUGGCUUCCUCAAGCAAAAGUUCCUUUUUCUGAAGAAAUAAAAAACUUGGUUCUGCCAUGUAUUUCAGACAUGAACUUUGUGCAAGAUUUAUGUGAAGAUCUUUAUGAACUUUUUAAGAUUGACAGAAAAUUUGAUAAAGCCACUUUUGAAAAGCAGAUGUCUGUGAUGAGGGGUCAGAUCUUAAACCUCACUCAGGCACUGAGAGACAGGAAGAGUCCUGUCCAGCUGGUGCAGAUGCCUUGUGUGGUCGUGGAGCGCAGUCAGGGCGGAGGGCAGGGCCGGGUCGUCCACCUCAGCAAUUCAUUCACCCAGACUGUCCACUGCAGGAAGCCGUUCUUUUCCUCCUGGUAGCGGCUGUGAGAGAAACAACUGUGUGGCCUUGUGUGGUUAAAACUUACUGUCACGUAAAUCUGCUGGUAAGAGUGCCAGCUGCCAGAGCCUCAAAUAAUAAUAAGUUUCUGAAAGGUUGUCUUUUGAAUGUAAUCAGAGUUUACAGUUUUUUUGUCUAAAUGUUAAAUUUCUAUUUCAGGGAAGAAGUGAUAUAUCUCUUAUAUCGUAUUUUUGUAGAAAAAUUUUAUUUUAUGUUGUUGAUGUUAGUUUAAGGUAAUUUCAUAGUUUACACAUUCUGAAAUGACUGUCAUUACUCUUGAAUUCCAAACAGAAAAAUAAGGUGUUUGUUGACUUUGAAUACAGUUACUUUUUAUAUACUUUCUAAACAUUGACAAGAAUGGUCAUGUUAAUUCUUCUUACAUUAUAAAAGGCUUUUGAGGGUAAAAGUGCUCUUAUGAGCUAUAAUAGAGUAGUUAAUAAAAAAUAGGUAAGAAUAAAGCAAUGUUGCCUUAAUUUAAAAAGCUGCUAUUUUAGAACUUGAAUAAAUACUCCUAACAUGACCAUUAUUAGGGACCAGAAAAUUAUAUUUUGUUUAAGUAACUGAUAACCAUUUUCUUUUUCAUACUUCAGAAUAUUUUUGUCAAUUAUUUUGUUUACAGUGAGGAAAAAAAAUCUAAUGAUGUCUCCCACAUUUUAAAAAAAGUGGAAACACUCAAUUGAGACUUGAGGGAAAUAAUAUGAAAUGUAGAUCCCCAGUAUUCUGACAUUCCAAAAUAGCAUUAAAAAAUCCCUUCUGUUUCUUGCAUGGGAUCAGUACUUAAUCAGUUAGUGCUUCCGAGCACUGCUCUGGUUCAAUUUAGUACUUCAAUUAGUAUUAAACUUCACUGAAAAGUAAAACAUAACUCAAACUGUAUAUUGGAUGCCAUUUUGAGGUCCUAGGACAUAACCUCUUAAAAAUAAUAGUAGUUUUGUAGAGUACUUGAAAUUACUGAUAUUAUAAUUACAGUCAACUUUAGAAUAUCAGCCCCAGUUAAAGGGGAACAUGACAGAGAUAACCAUAAAAUCAUUAUUUUAUUUUAAACACCAGUAUGUCUGACAUGCUGGGAAUUUGUAGUACUUUUAACUCAUUGAGUAAUUUAAAUUGAGAUGAGCUCCAUAUGAAGAUUUGAUCCCAGAGAAGCAAGCAGAAGCCUCUUUUCUCUUCUUAGGCUCCAAACAAGUAACAUCACCACUCAAAUUAAACUGGGCAGUUUGUGGUUUUGGCCUUGUGUUUUUCAAGCUUUCUGUCCUGUAAUCUUUUAAACUAAGUUAUUUUUAUGUAAAAAGUAUUUCCUGAAGGUUGAAUUAGACCAGAAAUCCUCCCUUCCUCUACAUCUUUCUCUUGGUCUUUGUGGAUGUGAUGAGUAAGGAUACUGCUGUCCUGGUGAAGUCCACUGGAAACCUGUGUUCUCUUACCUUCUCCAGCCCUCCAUGAUCUUCAUACUGAGAUAAUGAAAAACUGACUGGAAAUUCAAAGCUCAAGCUACUAUCUUUAGAUAAACACCAGUAAUUAAAAUGUGCCUUUUGAAGAUGUUUUCUUAAUGACAUAAGUUUUUAUGAUCUGGAUACUGCUCUCAUAAGACAGUUUUUUUCAGUAUUUUGAUAAUUGCUAUAUUAAUUUUUAUAACAUAAACUUAGUAAGUUGCUACUGUUUUAUAUCCUAAAAUUAAGUAGUGUGAAAAUAUUUUUAAAUGAUCUGACCAGGUCAGAAAGAUAAAGCUGAAAUAUUUAAGAUAUGAUUACAAGUCAGAAUACAUUGGUUGUACUUUGUAAAUUUUCAUGAACUUUGUUUUUAUUUAAAUAUCGUUAAUUUUUUCAGUGAGUGUAUUUGUAUUGUUAAACAUGUAGACUAAAGAUAAUAAAAAGGAUUCAUUUCUAGAUUUCUCCUGAAGUAUGUGUAUUGAAUAUUUAGAAUGUUUGUUAAUAUGUUUAUGUUUAUGAAUGAUGCCAAACCACCAUUUUCUUACUUUAUAUGUUAGUACAGCUUAAUACAUUAUCAUUCCAAAAGACAUUUAACUGGAAUCUUUAUAAUUAGAGGCAUUUUAAUUUUUAUUUAAAUAUAAGCUGCCUUAUUCUCCAAAUUUGUCAGCAAACAUGGAGACAUGUUUUUUUGUAGUCUUGAAAACGACUUGAUGCAUAAAUUUUUUUUUAAGUUUUGUACUAAUGGAAUUAAAACCUUAUUAAAAACA